GCAAGGUGGGCAACACCCUUAGGAACUCACUGGAAAGAGGUUUGGCCUGCUGUCUACGUGAGGAAGACUUGUGAGUGCAGCCGUGUAGCGUCGUCUGCAGUUAAGUCGUGUCCUUAAAGGUGAAGAUGGAAGUCGGCGCCAUGUCCAGGGCACCCGUUUCAACUCUCCCAGCGGCUGAGAAAACCUCACUGAAGCCGGAGGCUGAAAAGCCACGGUGCUCUAGCACGCCCUGCUCCCCCAUCAGAAGUACUGUUUCUGGGUACCAGAUCCUUCAUAUGGACUCCAGUUACCUCGUGGGGUUCGCCACAGGAGAGGAGCUCCUCAAAGUGGCCCACAAGCGGUCCGAGACGGAGACGAUGACGAUGACGACGACGUCGACGACGUCUACAGCAGCCGAGGCUUCGCCUAGCCCGCGCGCCAAACCUCUGGACCUGGGCCUUCACCGGGCCUCCCGCCUUUACAAAACCAAAAGCCGCUACUACCAGCCUUACGACAUCCCCGCGGUGUGCGGCCGGAGGAGGAGGCGGAUGCCCAGCUUGGGCGAGCGCUGCCUGAAGUCGCUGGCGGGGGAGACCAGCCGGGCUCUUCACGGCCCUUUACCGCUCUGCCUUUUGAAGGGGAAGAGGGCGCACCCCAAAUCGCUGGACUACCUCAACCUUGACAAAAUGAACAUCCGGGAGCCGGCGGACACGGAGGUCCUGCAGCACCAGCUGCAACACCUCACGCUCCGGGGAGAGCGCAUGUUCUCCGCGAACAAAACAUGAACAAGGGCCCAAAGGCAAAAUGACAGUUCUCUCAGCAAACACUCGCGGGCCGUUAAUGCCAUUAUCGACUCUACGGCCAAUGUGGAGAUUACACUAUCUGCACUGAAAGUUGUCCAUUUCAAUAAGAAAUUAAUGUUGUGUACCUUCACAGGGCUAUUUAACACAGGCAGAUUAAGUAUUUAAAGUGUAAGCAAUAACGUGGUUAUGGCUAAUAUGUAUGUUUGGGGGAGGAGGGAAAUCCAUUGAAAGGUUGGGAGAGUUUUCCUGCCAUUUUAUUGCACUGCUGGCCAUCGACUGUACACUGUGCGUUUACCAGACAUCACAUCAAUUAUUAUAGCUCAUCUCCUCGUUGUCCCCCUCUCCUUUCCAGUUUUGUAUAAAUGGCCAUCUGUACCUUAAGAAUCUUAAAUAUAAAGUACUAAAUCGCUAUAUGUCAAAUGUUGACUAUGAUGCAAUCAUAUGGUUAUUCAAUAUGUCAUCCCUAGAGAGGUUUAGUACCUCAGCAGAGCACGUUGUUAAGCUCUGAUCCUUCAUCUGGACGUACCACAUUUCUCCCAAGUAACUGUAAAGUUGUAACAAAUGGGAUGGGGUUUUGAGAUUUACUUUGGCUUUCCUUUUAAAUCAGAAACUAUGCUUUUAUACACACGCAUUACUACAUUUUAAAUACAAAUAUGUAGUUGAUUCAUGCAUAACCAUUGAAACCAAAGGAUAACAUCUUAUUUUCCUUUGCAUAUAAAGUGAAAACCAAAUACUCCCAGUUAUGUAGCUACAUUUGAAAUGUUAUCUUACCCUUUAAAUUGAAUUCUGUUAUGGUAAUUGGUGCCAUUUUGGUGUCAUUUAUUUUGUCUUGUGAAAGUCGGUUUAGAUUAACAAUAAGGGAAUAGUAAUUAUAGACGCAUAGAGUCCAUGAUGACAUUUUUUAUGAAUUUAUGUAAUUUUCCCCGUGUGUAUUCGUUGUGUGUAUUGUUCUGGUUUUAGGUGACAGGCCAUAUUAAGGUUAAGGUGUUAAGGUUCAUUUUAUUAUUUUUUUCCCCCAGUGCACUACAGUAGGGAAAUGAUGCAAUAAAAAUAACGUGUACAGCAACAAUUAAAUCUAACUUAAAAUGCUAUUUGCAGUCCAUGAUGAUUGACAUUGUAGACUUUUUUUUUUUUUUUUCAAAAGUCAAACUGAGUUUUAACUUAAUAUUCUUGUGAGGUAAGCAUCUACCAUAUGAUGAGAGACCAUGUUUACUCUCUGUCCAUUGAAAUACUGUAUGGGACUUUUAUGGACUGCCAUUUAUAUAAUUUAUUCAUGUGAGAAGGAACCUUGUUUAGUUGUGAUCGUCAUGUUGGCGAUUUGUAUUUCAGAAUUCUGGUAUUUUUGUUUUGUUAGUUGACCUUAAACAUCCUAGCUUUUAAAGAGACAUACUCCUAUACAUUUGAAUGUACCAAAACAAAUAUUACUAUGGUCAUGUCUACAAUUAGAGAUGCUGCCAAAUUCAUUUUACAUUUACUCUGUUCCUGUACGGUACCAACUUGUAAUACAGUUAUGAAAGUGCUUAUGACAAAAAAUGAUACACAUUUUGUGCAUGAUUUAUGUGUAGGGAAGGAGCCCAAUUGCAGAAGCUGAGAAUUUAGCGAGUAUAGGACAUACUGAUUGAGAUAAGAGUUGCGUUUCCUUAUUUGAUGUAUCGGCUAACACAUAAGGAACCAUACCAUAGCUGCUAUUUUAUAGUAGCAAGUUUACAGUCAAUGGAAAUGUUGGCUCUAAUUAAAACAAUAUUCUGUGACGCCCACAAGGAUUUGGAACUGAACAGCCCGACUUGAAGAAUUUAUAUUUGUUUUGUUGCAUUCUUUUUAAACUUGUGUGCUUUGCCUUUAUCGGUAAUAUUAUAUUCAAACCAUGCUUUGAUUUAAGAUAUGCAUUGAAAUGACUACUUUCCCUGUCUUAUUCUGUUUUGGUGAAUUACGUUUUUGUGAUAUUUUGGAUUUUUGGACAAAAUAAAAGACAAACUCAA